AUGCAGGUCGAUGCACGGGACUCUGAACCGCCUGCACCCGAACCUCGCGACGCUGCUCGUCGUGCUGCGGAGGAGUCUGAGGUCGCCCGUUUCUCCCGCCGCCAUGAAGCUCCUACACCUGCUGACGAGCCUCCUCUGCCAGCAGAACCAGAUCCGGCCCCGGCACCCAGACCGGAAACGGAAGUGGAAGGGGGAGAGCGCCCUCGCGCCGUACUGAUCGAUGAUGCAGCUGCUGUUGUUGGCACCCAAUCUACGUCCUCGGCAGAGCGCCGCGAGCGUCGUCGCACGAGUCGGCGCGUCUCGAUCGCUGAGCACGAUCGGCCCAAAUCCCGCCGUAUCUCCGUGACGGAGAAAGAGAGGCCAGUGAGCAGACGCACGGAGUCUGACCGACCACGAACGAGGGGCAAUGGAGAGGAGCGACCGCCUAGGCCAAGGAGGAGCGAUACAGAGAGGAGCAGUCGUCACAAGAAGAAGGACGAUGGCGGAGCAAUGAAGGGGUUCUUCGGGAGUUUGAAGCGAAUGGUUGCAUAG